GAUCCGCUAGGGGGCGCCAGCGCGGGUUCGUUAUUUUGAACAUUAGCACACAGAAGCCGGAUGGAGCUGUGACGUCUGCGCAGGCGUGAUGGUUUAAGGCGCAGCGGUCAGCCGGUGGCCGAGCGUGGGAUGUUACGCUGGACGGUGCACCUGGAGGGCGGCCCGCGGAGGGUCAACCACGCGGCGGUGGCGGUCGGGCACAAGGUCUACUCGUUCGGGGGAUACUGCUCCGGAGAAGACUACGAGACCCUGAGGCAGAUCGACGUGCACGUCUUCAACACGGUGUCUCUGCGCUGGACGAAGCUGCCGCCCGUGCGGACCGGAGGAAGGGAACACGCUCGGGAAGUGCCCUACAUGCGCUACGGACACACGGCCGUGCUGGUGGACGAGACCAUCUACAUCUGGGGCGGCCGGAACGACACCGAGGGCGCGUGUAACGUGCUGUACGCCUUUGACGUCAAUCACCACCGAUGGUUCACUCCCAAGAUCUCCGGGACGGUCCCGGGCGCCAGAGACGGACACUCGGCCUGCGUGCUGGGAAAGGCCAUGUACAUCUUCGGCGGAUACGAGCAGCUGGCCGACUGUUUCUCCAAUGAGAUUCACAAGCUGGACACGAGCAGCAUGUGCUGGUCACUAGUGAGCGCCCGGGGCACGCCGGCUCGAUGGAGAGACUUCCACUCGGCUACCAUCAUCGGCACCAAGAUGUUUGUGUUCGGAGGGAGAGCGGAUCGAUUCGGCCCUUUCCACUCCAACAACGAGAUCUAUUGCAAUAAAAUCAAAAUUUUCGACACGGAGACCAACUGCUGGCUCAACACGCCGACUGCGCAGCUGCUGCCCGAGGGACGCAGGAGCCAUUCGGCCUUUUCUUACAAUGGAGAAUUGUACAUAUUCGGGGGUUAUAACGCUCGUCUGGAUCGACACUUCAACGACCUGUGGAAGUUCAAUCCAGAGGCGUUCUCCUGGAAGAAGGUGGAGCCGAAGGGCAAGGGUCCGUGUCCCAGACGGCGACAGUGCUGCUGUAUGGUGGGCGAUCGCAUCAUCCUCUUCGGAGGAACCAGUCCGUGUCCGGAGCAGGGGAUGGGCGACGAGUUCAACCUCAUGGACCAUUCGGACCUGUACAUCCUGGACUUCAGUCCUAAUCUGAAGACUUUAUGCAAGCUAGCAGUUAUUCAGUACAGUCUGGAGCAGUCGGGACUCCCUCAUGACAUCAGGUGGGAGCUGACGGCCAUGACCACCAACAGCAACAUCAGCCGGCCCAUAUUCUCCUCCCACGGAUGACGGCGCGCCAGAACCUUCUCCAGAACUCUGUCAGGACGUCCCGCUCCACAGCUGAUUUAUUUAAACCCGUUUGGACCCGGAAUGAAGUUUCUCGAUCGGAAAGGCCUUUCCCGGCGGGGCUUCGGUGCGCGCGAGCUGUGAUUUUUGCCGUCGUCGAACUUGAUUCCCGCUGAGGAAACACUGACCUUUGCGCUCUUAAAUCAGUCCAAUUAUUCAUCAGUGUUAGUGUUUUCAUGGGGUUUUGGAGUGAAAUGAAGAUCAUUUAUCCUGUAAUUUGUCAUCUCUCUCUGCUCGUGUGUUCGGAUGGCUCCGUCGGGUUUAUAUGCAAGACUUUGGUUGUGGUUCCGUGCUCUUACGUACCGAGGGCAGACGAGAGGAGACGGAACUCGUCGGACCUGUGUUGAGUUCCUCUUCUUUUAACUGGAUUGGUUUUCUGUUUACCCACAAUGCUUCUGACAAUAAAACUUGACUCAACAAUCAGUAGAAACCUAAAUAUUCCCUCCGCAUGCGUGCGUCCUGUUAUAUCGCGUUCAGCAGAUCUGAACACUCUAAACGAUGCUGUAAAGUUUUCAGAAAAGAUUAGAUUUUGUUUUGUCAUUUACAGAGAGUCUUUAACGUCGGUGCAAAUCGGCGCCGAUCAAAUAAACUGCCUCUGGUGUCUCCUGCGAACGGGGCCGAAUCUCUCGCCGGCGUUCAUGUUGAAUUUCUCCAGCUUCACAUCUUUCACGCACAGUCUGGCUUUCCAGAGACAUCUUAACAAUCAGAUCCAUUACUGCUGUUUCUAAACAUCCCUUUAUAUUUCAUCUGAAUCUUUACUGAUCUGCAGAAUAUUGAUAUUAUUUAUAGAUAUUGAUCCUGAUGGUGCCAAAGCUGCAGGUGAAGCACAGAUACCGAAGCUCCUGCGGAUCAGCGUUCGAUCGUCGGGUGCCUGAUGAACUUGUUCAGAACAUCAGAAGGUCUGGAAUCGAAGUGCUUAAAGUCUUCUGGGUUUUGCAGGCUUCUGGUCUGACCAGAUUUGAAGUGUUUUAUUAGAGAUUUUAUUGAUUGUGUCUGAAUAUCUGACUAUAAACUGUCAUAAUGAAUGUCGUGCAGACGGAGCGCAACAGAGAAUUCAACCGUCCUCAGUUGUUUCCCCACAUCUGAAACAGGGAUUUGAUGAAAGUGACUCAAAACGGCCUCAAAAUGAAACGAGAUGAAGCUCGAGUGCGCUUUGUCAUUGCGUGAAUCGAAUGCGUUUUCGUAUCGAUCUGUCGCUCGUACAGACGGACGCUCAGGGGAGUAAAGCGCUGCUGGUUUAGUGACGCGCCGCUUGAAACACGGACAUCACGGUCUAACAGGCAUGUUUUAUAUGUAGUGAACGAGAGGAAGACACUAUUCUUUAUGUUCUGACUGGCCGAUUUACUUCUCUAGCGUAAAUGCUGGGAUUUGGAGUCUUUUUUUAAUCGUGUCGGCUGUUGGUGUGUGAAGGAACGUUUGGAAACCACACUGAGCUUCAAACGUAAUUCCUGGAUGUUGGAUGAAUCCUUUCCGCAAAUUAUGACUCGAUCUAUAUUGUAAACGGGUUUUUAGUGGGAUCUUGAAUUUCCUAAAUAAUAAAACUGAUGAUAAUUUUG